AUGCAGCUGCUGUUGAAGGUGGGCCUCGCGAUCGCUCUGGUCGUCGUCCUUGCCGGUGGCGCCCUGGGCCAGUGCGCCAUGUGGAGCUAUGACGAGGGCACCGAAAACGGACCCGAGGUUUGGGGCGAUCUCUGCGUCGAAUACGCCAAGUGCUCCCAGGGGGCCUUGCAAGCGCCUGUGGACAUUCGCUACGUGACCAUGGACUACAACAUGGGUCCCCUUUCGUUCGACAUCGUGAAUCCAUUCGCCGAUGAGGGCAGCACGACGGGAAAGACGCAGAUGGUGUCGUCUCCCCAUUCGCUCCGAAUGGACUGGGCGCCCGGCUCUACCGUCACCGGUGGCCCCUUCGAGCACAAGGCACGCCCCGCGACACCACUUACCGCGUGCUGUUCCGAGUGCGCCGGUGAAUGGCGGCACCGGUGUAUUUGGCUCAUAGUGUUCUACCUGAGCUCUCUGGCCUUCCACGCGCCGUCGGAGUUCACCUUCCAAGGUUACCGGCCGGACCUGUCCGUCUACCUCUACCACCACACCUCGAAGAAGCAGGUGGCUGUGGCCGUCAUCUCCUUCAACACCUCCCACGCGAGCAGCGGAUUCCUCGACUCCCUCAUCCCCUACCUGCCCAUCAACACCACCUCCAGCUACGUCCCGUUGGAGUUUGAUCUGGCGAGCCUGGUGGCGGAGUCGUUCGCCGAGGGGUACUACUCGCUGCUCGGGUCGCUGACGAGCCCGCCCUGCACGGAGGACGCCAGCUACGUCCUCGCGCGCCGCAUCCUGCCCGCCUCGCCCGCCCAGCUCAAGGUCUUCGCCGACCUGCUCCACCACAACGCACGACCCACGCAGCCGCUGAAUGGUCGCCGCAUCAAGGCCUUCGUCCCCUUCAGCAACCUCGACGACAACAAGCUCUCCAAGGAAGCCGGCUGGAUCUUCGUGGGCGUGGUGGUGGCGGGCAUCGUGGUGGUCGGCCUGGGCUCCUACGUGCUGGGCAAGGCCAAGAAGAACCACCCCAUGGCCCACCCCGAGGAGAUGGAGCUGCGGGCCGGCAACUGA